GUGACGGCGGUGAAGCCGUCGAAGACGAUGGCGAUCACCGACCACGCGACGGCCCUCGUCCAGGCCGGCGUCCCCGUCAUCCGCCUCGCCGCCGGCGAGCCCGACUUCGACACCCCGGCCGCCAUCGCCGAGGCCGGGAUAAGCGCGAUUAGGCAAGGUUACACAAGGUACACUCCCAAUGCUGGGACUUUGGAGCUGCGAAAAGCUAUUUGUCAUAAGCUUCGAGAGGAGAAUGGUUUGUCUUACACUCCGGAUCAGAUUCUGGUCAGCAAUGGCGCCAAGCAGAGCUGCAUGCAAGCUGUGCUCGCCGUUUGCUCGCCCGGCGAUGAGGUUCUUGUUCCAGCACCAUACUGGGUCAGCUAUCCUGAGAUGGCUAGGUUGGCUGACGCAACGCCGGUGAUCCUUCCGACAGACAUAUCGGAUAACUUCCUUUUAAGGCCGGAGUCCCUUGCUGCAAAACUAAAUGAGAAGUCACGGGUUCUGAUACUCUGUUCGCCUUCAAAUCCGACCGGGUCGGUUUACCCGAAAGAGCUUCUGGAAGAGAUUGCUGAUAUAGUCAGGAAGCAUCCAAGGCUUUUGGUAUUGUGUGAUGAGAUGUAUGAGCAUAUCAUCUACCCACCAGCAAAACACACAAGCUUUGCUUCAUUGCCUGGAAUGUGGGAGAGAACAUUCACUGUCAAUGGAUUUUCCAAGGCUUUUGCGAUGACUGGUUGGCGACUCGGAUACCUCGCUUGCCCUAAUCAGUUCUUAGCAGCUUGCGCGAAGAUUCAAAGCCAGAUCACAUCAGGUGCUUGUAGCAUUUCCCAGAAAGCUGGGCUUGCAGCUUUGAACCUGGGCUUCGCCGGUGGAGAAGCGGUCGCAACAAUGGUAAAAGCAUUCCAGGAGCGCCGCGAUUUCUUGGUUAAAAGUUUUCGGGAGUUGCCGGGUGUAAAAAUAUCAGAGCCCCAGGGUGCCUUCUAUCUGUUUGUGGAUUUUAGCUCCUACUACGGUUCGGAAGUCGAAGGCUUCGGCAUCGUCAAAGACUCCGAAUCCCUUUGCCGGUUCCUUCUAGACAAGGCCCAGGUCGCGCUCGUUCCGGGAGAUGCAUUCGGGGACGACAAGUGCGUAAGGAUCUCCUAUGCUGCUUCUCUCUCUACACUACAAGCUGCAGUGGAGAAGAUCAAAGAAGCCAUGGUUUUGCUCGAAUCCCCUGUUUCUGUUUAAAUCGUUCAUAAAUUUGGCUUUGCAGUUGUCGAAAUUUGAUCAUUUGUGUCUAAAUUUUAACAUUUAGAUUGGGGGAUCUUCGCAUUGAUUUCUUUCGGUUUCGAAAUUUCUUGUUGUGCCGUGAAGUUGUACUUAAAACAAAGCAUGAUAUGGUUUGUGCUUUUGGGGGAAAGUAACUUUGUUAUCAUCAAUAAAUAAUAUAUUUCGCCGUUCAGAGUUAAAGCUGAACUGUAUUAA